AUGGACACCCUUCAUGUAAAAUCAUCCAAUAAAGGUAAACAACCUACCAAGAAGUGGAUUUAUGUCAUAGCUAUUUUUGCUGGAGUCCUUGCCAUGUUGAAUAUAUUCACGAGUUCAUCGUUGCGGGGUGGCGUCAGCUUGAAUUUGGAUGUGGUUUGGUUUCAACAACAACAACAACAACAACAAUCAUCGUCAAAAAAGUCAUCCACUACAAGCGAAGGAUAUCAAAUGCAAGCGACCAAGAUUGGUGAUAGUAACGAUCCCCAGCAGGAUGAUUUUUCAGCAUUAGAGGUCUUGCCUACCGACCGUAUCAUGAGUACCGAUCCUCGUCAAUGGGAUCGGAGUCCGAUUGUCAUUGAAGAGUUUCGACUGAUAUUCUUUAGCAUACCAAAGGUGGCUUGUACGACAUGGAAACAGGUCUUUCGGCGGAUCAUGGGUGCUCCAGACUGGCAAGCCCAAGAUGGAUCCAAAUACUUGCCACACAAUCCCAAACUCAACAAUCUAAAAUAUUUGCACCACUUCAAUUUGACGCAAGUCCAACAAAUGUUUCUGGAUCCCAACUGGACCAAGGCUAUGUUUGUGCGAGAUCCAAAACAACGAUUCUUGAGUGCCUAUUUGGACAAGGCAAUAUCCAACAAUGGACACUUUUUGCGGGACAAAUGCUGCUCCGAGACUCCCCAAGAUCGCCCCAAGUGCCUCACCAUUCCAAAAUGUAAGGAAUGUCUGGAGAAUGGGAGAAGCAACAUGUCCUCCUUUCUACAAUUGAUACAUACCUGUCGAGACGAUCAUUGGGAAUUGCAAUCAAAGCGGAUGGAUGCUAAAUACUGGAAGUACAUUAAUUUUGUAGGACAAAUGGACGCGCUUGCAGAAGACGGUAUUCGACUCAUGAAACAUAUUGGAGCAUGGGACAAGUAUGGCAAAGAUGGAUGGGGUCCCCAUGGAAAUGGAUCCAUGUUUGUCACAUCCCAGGAAAAACAAAAACACACGACCAAUGCCAAAUCGAAAAUGCAAUCCUACUACUAUCCAGAGUUGGAACAGCAAGUGGACGAGUUUUAUCAAGACGAUUAUGACAAUUCGCUCUUUGGAUUUCAUAAGACGAAAGUGGCGUCGUGA